AUGACCGGAGUGUUGGAGAGCCUGGUGCCGGACAUGCACGCCAGCCAGAUCUCCGCCAGCAGCUAUCACCAACACGGCGGCCUGCACAAGCCGCAGGAGUCCCCCACGCUGCCCGUCUCCACGGCCACCGACAGCAGCUACUACAACAACCAGCAGCAUGGGGCGGCGGGCGGGCCUCCCUACGGCCCAGUGGGCUCCUACCCCUACACAGGAGGCGGCACUGCCCCGUACUCGACCAAGGCCGCCUACGACCUGGGCUAUGUGGGCGCCUACGGAUCCUACGGGCCCUACGGAAGCAGGGCCUCUCCGGCCAACAACGACUCCGCAGAGAAGGAAGACUGCGAGCCGGAGAUCAGGAUCGUGAACGGAAAGCCGAAGAAAGUGCGGAAGCCCCGGACCAUCUAUUCCAGCUUCCAACUGGCAGCUCUGCAACGGCGCUUCCAGAAAACCCAGUACCUCGCCCUGCCGGAGAGAGCGGAGCUGGCGGCCUCACUCGGUCUCACCCAGACACAGGUGAAGAUCUGGUUUCAGAAUCGCCGCUCCAAGUUUAAAAAGAUGUGGAAGAGCGGAGAGAUCCCGGCAGAACCGCCCCCUCGCCGCAGCGUCUCGCCGCCUCCUCCUGCCUCGCCCCCCGCCUGGGACUUCGCCCCGCACCCGCGCACAGCGGGCGGCGCCGGCACCGCCAGCCCCAGCCCCGCCGCCGCCUUCCUCGGUAGCUACUCAUGGUACCCGCCGGCAGCCGCGUCGCUCCCGCAGCCAGCGCAGCCACCACAUCACCACGGCGGUAGCAUCUUCUAG